CGGAUCCGCCGCCAUCCGCGCUGCCGGGACCUGGGACCGAGGGACUCGGGUGUGGGGGGACACUCCUGGCGGUGUUGAGUCGUGCCCUGAGGACCGGGGCGUGUGGCGGCUGUCGGUGAGGGGCUCCGCGGGAGCGGUGCCAGCGGGGUGUCCCCGGCCCGUGGUGACUCGGGAUCUGCGUGCUGUGCCAGCGCUCCAGUACGGAGCUGGGCUAGAGGCCGCGAAGGAUGCUGAGCUGUGAACUGGCAAACUGAAACAUGACUGAUACAGAUGAACCCCAGGCUUCUGGCUCUGAUUACCCUGAUGCCCAAGAGCUGAUCAGCCAUCAGCAGAAGGAGCCAUCUGAGGUGUAUUCAUGGCAAAUGAAUGCAGGAACAGAGCAUUUGCGGUCAAGGCAGAAGAGGGCUGCUUCUGGGGAGUCUUCAGAUCAUCUUAACAGCAUGUGUAAAUCAGCAGCAGCUUCAGCUGAGGUUUUACUGAUUAGUAGUGAUUCAGAAAUUGAUGUCCCUGCUGCUCAUCCUGAAUGCUCCAUUGCACCUUCAGAGCAAAAAAGGAGAUCUCAAUCUUCGAGGAAACAAGCUGAAUCUGUUACAGGAGUAUCUGACAAUGAAAGCUCCUCAGAUUCUUCUCUGUCUCCCCAAAGUCCAGGAAAAUCAUUGGACGUUUCCAAGCAGCAGAAGUCAAAACUCAAUUUGAAGGCCAUUUUUGCCUAUCACUUCAGGGGAAGGAAGUUCAAAGCAGCUGCACACCGAAAAUACAAAGUUCAUGCAGGGAAGAACAAGAAAAAGAAAAAGUAUGAGAGCACACAGAUGCCCACAGGGAGGCCCCCACUGACAGCCUCGCCUCAGGAGCAGAAGAGGAGGCUUCUAGACAGAGGUUUUCAAUUCCCUUUUGUCGAAAAACAUUAUGGGGAGAAACAUAUUCCCUUAAAGAUGGUUCUUGGCUAUGAGCAAGCAGCUGCAAAGGGAUAUUUCAAGUAUAUUGAAGUACUUAAAUAUGAAGAACAUCUUAAAAAAGCUUUAAAAGCUCUUCAGGCCAGUGAAGACUUAGAAAAAGAGUGCAUGGUGUUACGGAAACACAAAUACUUAGAUGAUGAAGGCCCCAUUUCCCCUAUUCAGGAGACAGAUGAUGAUGAGGACAGCUUGAAUUCUGAUACUGAGGAGCAACUUGAUGCCAGAGUAGUGGAGAACAGCUCUUUUAUUCUAAGCAGCACAAUUCCCAGUAAGAAAAAAACAAAGCCAGGAAGAAAACGUGCAAAACCAACUGAAGUGAUUGAAAUAGUGGAUGAAGAAGACGGUGCUGGGGAGAAGUCGGUGCCUCUGCAAGGCUCACCUCGGUGAACCCCAGAUGGACAAAUGAGGUGGCAGCGGUUGUUCUUCAGAGACCUCUUUCAUGGGCCUACUUGGCUUGAAACACUGGUCUGCAGUCAGUGUUGAGCUCUCCGCCAAGCUGCCUAGACACAUUGGGCUUACUUUUGUUGCUUUUGGAAGAUGAAAUACCUCUUGGUUUUCUUGUUGCACAAGAUGAGCACACUCACACUGCAGCAGCAGUUGUAACUUGUUGAGGAAUCUCUCGAAUUCUUAGUGCUGUUGGCUGUCCUGAUUCACAGAUCCCUUACUUCAGUGGACUUCUGUGCAACAUGGUAGCAAAAGAGGGGCAUUCCUGUGAUGUAUGGAACAGAUUGAAAAGCCUACUUAAGUGAAGUGCACCUGAAGUCCAGUCUGAACUAACAUCUUGUGGCGGGUACGUAGAAGAAGGUGAAGGAAGAAAUGCAGGAUGCCAUUUCACAGAAGUCUGAAGCCUCUUUGAGGGAUGAAGUGAACUGCUCCGAGUUAAAAACAUGGGAGCAACCUGUUUGACAGGAUUGAUUGGUCCUUCAGUGGAAAGGAUGGGAGCUGGCUCAUUGAGUGAAGUCCCAUAUGAGCAGUGAGAGGACUGUCUGGUCAUUACCAAGGCUGCUGGGAUGUUCCUGUUUCUGAGUCUGCUACCAAGUUGCUGUGUGUCAGAGAAACACCACGUGGGAGCUACCAAAGUGACUGUGAUGAUCCUGGUGAUGUUGCUGCAAGCCUGCUGCAAAGAACUGCACAGCUGUUGCAAAUAAAGAAAGAACCUUCUCCAAAGUGUUUAUUAUUGUGGUUUUUUAGAAUUAAACAUUCAUUUUAACUCGUUA